AUGGAGUACAUAGAAAGAGCUUUAGGUUACUUAUUCUUCAACUUCAAAGUUGGAGAUUCGGGAAUUUUGACGAAGACUCUUAAAUUUUCAACUUCAAAUCCUCAAUUUAAAGUAACUUCUAGUUCUUUUUCUGAUAAUGGCUAUCUUCCUCUUGAAUCAGCUCAGGUAGGAGUUGGAGGAAAGAAUUUAUCUCCGCCUUUGACUAUCGAGUUCAUUGGCGAAAGAGAUCCUCAAAUCAAAUCACUUGUUUUGGUUUGUCAUGAUGUGGAUGUUCCUAUUUGGUUCGCAGUUACUCAUGUAAUAGUCUACAAUAUUCCAGUAGAUGGUGAUAAGCCAAUUGAAUUUGAAUUCGGAGCUUUCAAUGGCGAAAGAGCAAAGUCAACCGAUAAAGAUUCUUACAUUGUUGGAAAAGGGACAACUGGUGAGAGAUCCUUUAUUGGUCCUAGACCAAUUUUGGGACAUGGAGAUCAUAGAUAUGUAUUUCAAGUAAUUGCAAUUAAUGAUAUUGCUACAAAUUUACUAAAUGAAUUGAGCUCCGAUGAAGUCAAUCCAACUAAAUUAACUGAAAUCCUUAAAGAUAAUGCAAUUUCUUAUGCUACAAUCACUGGAUUAUAUAAACGUGAUUAA